ACGAGUGCGCAAGCCCCCAGGACGAUAUCCUGCUUUCUCCUCUUCUUCCGCCGGCUCACGGUGGUUGCGGGAGGCUGUGCGAAGUUCGACGGGACGGACGGCUGGGGAACAGCCUCCGCGACGCGCGGAGCGACCAGCCCCAACCUCCGCUCAGUCAGGCGCUGAACCAGCCGCUGGAGGUUGGCGUGCAUCUCACCCAGUCGAUGCGUGCCCUCAGGAUGAUGUUCAGGCUUCUGCUGAUCCUCUGCCUUGGUCACUGUCUCCCUGCUGACUUAGGGGUGGAAUAUGGGAUCGACAGUCAUGUCGGAGACACUGUCACGCUGCCCUGUGAUGGACCAGCAGCUACAGACACCAAGGAGGUUCAUGUUAUGUGGAUGUUUGAAGGCAAACCUGUCUGCUGGUUUGAAGAUGCGCACUGGUGUGAAACUGGUCAUUAUGUGAAUCGAACUCGGCUUGGAUCCGUCCGACAGAACAACUUCUCUUUGGUCAUUAAUCAUGUGAAAGAAGAGGAUGACGGGGUGUAUGAGUGUCGAAUCACUGGGGGAAAAAAUAUGAUGAGUCGCCUUUUUGUUGAUGGAGACCGGAAGCGACGGGAUGCAGAGAUGGCUACCAAAGAUCCAGUAUGUAGGCCAUACAGAGAGAUGGAAGAUCCCCCAGGGUCAGAAAACAAAGACAAACGGGAUUCUGAUGAAAACCUUUCAGGGGCGUCUUUAGGAGGAAACUCAGUGGUGAUUGGGGUGAUCGUGGGAAUGGUUGUGCUGCUAGGGGCUGUGGCUGUGGCUGCAGUGUUCACCAAAAGAUUGUGGAACAGGCAAAGAAAUAAGCCGUCUAAACGGAGACCAUCUGAAGCUAACCUGAUUUAAUAAUAAUAAUUAUUAUUGUGUAAUUAAUAUUCAUAUAAUUAUUACGAUUAAUAUUAUAUAAUAUUAAUAUAUCCUUAUUAAUGUCAUCAUUAUUUCUUAAAUAAAGAAUUUUUUAUUUGUAUUUUAUUAAUAAUGAUUAUUAAAUCCCCAUGGAUUAGAGUAAGUUGUCUGCGAAGGGCAGCCACUCAGCUGGGGGUUAAGGACCUUGCUGAAGGACUCGCAGAUGUGCUGAGGCUGGGUUUGAUUCGGCAACCUUGUGAUUAUAAGCACACUGGCUUAACCCACUGAGCCACACGCUGCCCCGCAAUGGUGCCUCUAUGUAAUGGUGACUCUCUCCAUGUUGAGGGCUGCAGUUUUGAUGAGAAGAUGGGGGAACCAGCAGUGUAAUUAAAAACAGGUCGAAUAAUACAGUGAAAUGCAAAAGUUUGGGCACCCUGGCUUAAGAUGUUGUUAGGUUGAAGAAACUGUUAUUAAUCAUUUGUUAUCAUUCCUGUAUAAUCAGCAAUGAGUGUAAAUAUGUAUAUACAUUAUUUUGUUUUCCUCUAGCCUCAUACUUUACAUUAUAUUAAUAAUAGCAUUCCCACCUUAGCAAAACCAGAACUUUCUCUUCUUGCUCUCACCUCCCUAUUUUGCGAGACCCCUGCGCCUCCCACUGACUAUAAAUAAAGGAGCCAAGGGGAACCACCCUUUGUAACAUAUUCCUUUGUAGCUCAUCCUGCAGAGAGUGUGGGUACCCUUGCGCAAGUAGAACUUAAAAGUGUGUUGUCUCGUAAUUCAUAGUGUGUGCAGAGUUGGAGUGUAAAGCUUUGGCGCUUUCUCCAACAGAUGUCUGUUACUGUGAAUAGCUUAGUGAGCAGAAGAUGAACUGAUCACCAAAAAGCAUAAAGUUAAAGAUGACACAUUUCUUUAAUAUUUUAAGCAAUAUUGCAUUUUUAUUUCCAUCAUUCACAGGUACAAAAUACCAACAAAUGAUUAGGGCCUGAACCAAGAGUUUGGGCAGCUGACAUGUUCAGUACUUAGUGACACCCCCCUUUGGCAAAGUGCUUUUUGCAUCCAACUAAGAGUCUUUUAGUUCUUAUUUAGGGGAUUUUUGCCAAUUCAUCCUUGCAAAAAGUUUUUAAUUCUUCAAAAUUAUUGGCUGUCUUAUGUCACUGCUCUUUUGAGAUCUAUCCACAAAUGUCAAAUGAUGUUUAGGUCGGAGGACUGUAAGGGCCAUACCAAAUCCUUCAAGCUUGUGCCUCUUGAUGUAUUCCAUUAUAAAUUUUGGGGUGUGUUUAGGAUCAUUAUCUUGUUGUAGGACCCCUCCUCUUCUUAACUUCAACUUUUUUACAGUCGGUGUGAUGUUUGCUUCCAGAAUUUGCUGGUAUUUAUUUGAAUUCCUUCUUCCCUCAAUGACAUGUUCUUGAGGUGCCCAAACUGUGGCAUGGUGCUCCUUUCCUUUCUUUACAGUCAUAAAAAACAAUAACAAUGCACUAAUCUUGCAUAUAAUGCUGAAAAGAAUUGUGUCAUCUUUAACUUUAUGCCUUUUGGGGAUCAGUGCAUCUUCUGCUCACUUAACUAUUCACAGUAAAAUGACCAGUUUAUAAAAUGAGAUGAUAUACUUCAAUCUGCUUUGUAGCUUUGGUUCUCAUAUUACCUGUAUAAUGCAUGAAUAUAAUGCUAAACCUAAUAGGAUUGGGACUAUUGAUAAGGCAGCUAAUUAACAGCUGGUUUAACCUAACAGACACGCCCGCAUCAUGAGCACCGGUUGUGUAAAUGCAUACCGGGCUUCUGAAUUGUGGCAGUAUUUUCGUAUGUCUGGGGACCAGAGAAAAAAGCCAUUUUCAAGCAGCUUCGAAAGAGUUUUCCCUUUUUUGGCAAACUGUCAUCGGCACCUUCCGAUCUCUCAAGCGAAGCCGAACCCACAGGGUCAGUGACACAACAGCAUGUAGCGCCCAGGGAGAAGGUCAGUUUAAUUAGUGCCAAAAGUCGCGCGCAUGAAAACCAGGAUUGGAAUCGUGUGUGUCUUAAUUAAAGCAGAGCUUGAAAUUCAAUGUGGGAUAGCCGGUAUCUCCUGCAAUAUUAUUUAUUCACAGUCUGCUAUCAUAAUGUGGGAAUUUCCCGCUUCGUCUGACCGUAUAUAAAAGAAUGGGCCAAUGUACGGUAAAUUGCAUUGUGAAUAACAUUUCUUCAUACAACAUCACAAAACCAAUUUAAUAAAUUCAAAUCCUGGGAAGAGCGCUCCUCAGAUAUUAGUUCUCGGGUUAGUGUUAGGGGACUAUAGGCGAAACCACCUUCAGUGCUAUCUAUUAAUGUUUAUUAAAUUAGCAUUAGAAUGUAUAGGUUUUGAAUAUCUUUUGUCCUUGUAGCUGCUAAAUACACUCAUUAUUAAAGCUAUAAAGUUGUCUGCUUGCUACAUUGGAAUCUCCACUGAGUAAGUGUUUUUGAUGGAUUUUAUUUAACAGACUUUGGUCCUUAGAGCUAAUGUCAUACUUCUUCACUUAUAUUGUUUGUGAAAAGGUUUACCACGAUCAAACAGAGCAGCCAAUACCUCAUCAUACAUGAACAAGCACCUCACAAAACAAAAACAUUUCAUUUUCAUAAUUGAAACUUUUAAAUGGUAGGCCUAGUGUGUGGAUCAGAGACAAGAUCUUGACACCUCA